ACAUUUACCUAUCUCCAGGCGGUCAUUAAUUUUCGCAUGGGGAUUAGAAACAAUCGACCAUUGUUGAUAAGUGCUGCUCAACGCAUAUUUGCUCCGAUAUGGUCUGGUCAAUAUAGCAAUCAACAUCAAGGCCUUUCCGCUAUUCUUGAGAAGGUUAAUAAAUAUUUAAAGGCCUUAAUUUCCCCUCUACAUCACAAAAUAUUUAAUAUUAUCGGGCAUGUGGAUAACGAAUUAUUAGGAGGCCAGAUAUGUCCAGAUUAUACAUUAGAAUUACAAAGAUUUUGGGUCCAUUUGCGUAAAACUGG